AUGAAGCUCUCUCUGUUCCUCUCAACCUCUGUCUUAGCAGGGUAUUGUCUAGCAUUUAACCCUUCAGUUCUCGAAGACAUUAUAUACAACACCAACAAGCUCAACCAGUGGAAUAUUGACCUGACCAACGGUAACCAUGGCAGCCACGCAGUGGGCGAUUACAUGGUUUCCAAGGCUAGGGACCUGGAGGACCCAUCGAAAAUCGUGAAUAAGCUGAAUGAACAGACUACAAACAUUGUAAUUGGUCCCAGACCCUAUCACGUUACGCAAAGCCUUUUGACCCUAUCAAUCAAAUUAUCGAAAGACCUCCAUGAUCUGUUUGACAACGUGCAGCGACCACAGGUUCUCUGUGACGCGGAUUUUCAGUCCAAGGUCCAGCAGUUUGCAGACUUGAUCGUUGACCACCCUCAUGUUCUCCAGGUCGCGGAGGAUAGAUUUAAGAGAGAUUGCGACCUUGAUGCUAAUGACCUUCAAAGAGCCUCGGCCAGUUUCGAAUCGACCUACUCGGCCUUCGAUAGCAUGCUGGAUAGCCUGAGUAAUCCUCAAGAAAAGUGCUCAAACUAA